AUGGUUACAGCUUCAACUGGGAAAGCUCUUGUAUUGUAUGACCUUGAAUGGGAUAAUGGGACUUCGUAUAUCUACACACCAUGGACUCAAGAAUGCAGCGUUCUGCAUUUCUCGGUGGGUGUUCUCCGAACCAACUGGCUUGAAGGUGCUAACUAUCUAGGUCAGCAGCAAAUUGAUGGAUUCCUUUGCCACGGGUGGGAGAAGGCGGAUUUCAUUGGGAUGGUUGCUCAUAUGAUGACUUUGGAGGUGGUACCAGCCAAGGAUGAAAAUUGGCAAGCUCCAUGUUUCCUGUGUUUGCUGGUGGAUUGUCUCUAUGAGGUUCAAAUAAACUUGCUGAUUUUAUAA